AUGUCUUCAUCGCCAUAUUCUUCGCUCUCCCUGGGCCCCGGCUCGCAGCAGCUGUCCUACUUCGCCAUCCACGCAAAGCGCAGCAGCUCCCUCAGAACUUCUCCACCCAUCCCCGAACUUCUCAUUGACCCACUUCAUAGCACCGCCGCCCUCCACGCCAAUGGUCCCUGCAGCCUGCCGCCCUCUCCCGUCUCUCCGACUUCCUCGGCGCGCCCCACCUUGCCACACACCUCUUCGUCCAAGUACAACGAUAUCCUCUACGCAAACACCCACUUCUCCAGGGGCAGCGAGAUCCUCGUCUCCAGCAGCGGCCGCGAUGGCACAGGCGACAGAGACAUUCACGAGCUCCUUGCCACCGUAGCCCUGCCAGACGUUCCCGAUAGCGCUACUGCGGGCAUGUCACACCCACAAUCGGCACCCACUUCCUUGCAUGGCCUGGCCUGCCAAUCGCCCGUCGUCGUUUCCGAGGCCGAGGCCUACUCCCGCCAGGUUCGCCAAGCUCUUCUCCAGGUUUCCGACUCAACGUCCGGCCAAGCAACUUCGCAGAUGCAGCUCCCUUCGCUGCCGAGGGCCCAGGACGCUCCCUCUUCGAAACGAUCAGGGUUAGUAAGAUCCCUUGGCGGGUCUCUCCGGUCGACUGGCGGCAAAAUGACAAGAGCGGCAACCGAAUCCCUGGCUCACCUGACGCCAUCCUCGCUUUCGCUGCCUCGCUCGAUCCAGAUGUCUGGCACGACUUCUUCGGCGGCGGUGAGGCGGACCAGCAACUCGUCGCAGCAGAGCAGCCUGUCCCGAGACGUUGACCGCACAUCGGAUUGCGGGUCCAUCCACAGCAGCGUCAGCCUCUUUAUCAAGAAGCCAAAGACGCGCAACAAGCUGCCUUUUAACCGGUCGAGAGCCCGGCCCUCGACUGCGCCCUCGGAGAGCACGAGCGGCGACAGUACGCGCGCAGGCACGUUCCACCGAUCAAUCGCAGUCAGCAGAGACAGCUCGGACUGCGGCUCGUCGAGAUCGGAGGCUUGCGACGAGCCGAUCGACCUCGAGACGCCCCCGGCUUCGGCAUCCAUGAGCUCCUUUGGCUCGGAUCUGCGCCAGCAGCAAUCAUCGAAGGCCUCCUCACUUCGCGGUGCACCCGGAAGUAAGGGCCGGCCCUGCGGCUCCCACGGCAAGACCAGCUCCAUAUCUCAGCUCCUUGAGCGGCCGGCCGCCAGGGUCACCACGCUGCAAGAAGAGGAGCAGGACUGGGAAAAGACCCUGGAGCGAGCGGCUGCCACAGCCUCAUGGAACACCAGCAUCAACCACCGGCCGAGAUCCCGUCUGCUGGAGGGCAAGGCCGACUUGCAGAUGUCUUGGCCGCGGAGACAUGAACGCGCGCCCUUCGAUUGCCAAAGCCUUCAUGGCAUCAAUCUGCAGGGUCAGCGCGGAGCAACAACUACCAAACGGCCGGCUCUUGCCCGGGCGGUGUCCGACUUCGCUGGGCAGUCAGAGAGGAAAAACUCGCACUACUCGGCUUCUUUUGUCGCCAGCUGCGCCACAUUUCCUCGGGAUGCGUGCGACGACUUGGAGGCUGAAUCCUCCGGCUGCGAAGACCAGGACGGCGCUCGUCAGAUCACCGCCCUUGACGAGGAUUGCAUCCCUCUGCAACUGGACACCGGUUUUGACGAAUUGGAGCUCGCCGGCCACUUCCAUGCCCGCCGCCCCUCGACCACCUGCAACAGGGGCCUACAUUCGCCAGCAUUGGCGCCUCCAGCCGGUCUCGGCAUCACACACGGCGACGCGACCCCUAGAAGACUCACGGUGCCCGAUGUACCGGAGGCCGUCACUUCGGACUCUUCCGCGGACGAGACAGAGGACGAGCAGACUUGCGCAGCAGGACCUGUACUCGUCACUGGUCGGAGAAGAAGCUCGACCAUCCGACCGUCCGCUCAUCAGAUCGGUGGAUCGGCCGCACAUCACCCUGGUAUGACUGCCAAGCGACCGCUGCCCGGCAUCGGACAGUUGAGCGGCCAAGGGAUGUGGGCAUGCUGUUAG